UUACGCAACCUAAAUCAGCACUGAAACUCAAUGAAGCCGUGAAAUCUCUUCAUGGACUCCGAAGCCACGAUUCUAUCAACCUCACCUAUCGUACUAAUCAUAGUCACACAGUCCUAGCGAUUGCGAGUUGGGGACAAACUACCAUGGACGCCCGUCGCGUUCCCCGUACGGUUCCCAAGGUGAGGCAUGUGGGGUUCUUCGCCCCCAACGAUCAGCCGGUGCAACCGAUUCGGACUCAAUCCGGGCCGCCGGGUUCGAGUUCUCCUCCGCUGUCGGGUUCUCCCGUCAGCAACUCUCUGUCCCCAGUCAUGAUUCCGCCUCCUCGUCACCUCUCUGACAACUUUACUUCUCGCGUCACAGCCGCUGUUCCAGUGCCGGACUCCGGAUACCGACGACCAAACGGAAGAAAUAGCGUCACCGUGGGAAGCUACAACACCUCGGAGUCGCUUUUGCGCAACGAAGAGUUCUCAGAGGAUGCUGCCUCGUCUCAAGGUCCGGGGUGGUUUAGCAGGAGCGAUUCCACAAAAUUCGCUUCGAGUUUCCCUGGUGGCGGCUUUGAUUUGACGUCUCUGAAAUCAUCUUCGGAGGCAAAGGCAGCUACAGCGAGACCUGUUGAAGUGAAUAAGCCUGUUGGAGGGCCAGGUACAGAAAAAAGUGGAGGGACUGUUGCUGGAGUUAAGGAUGAGCUGUCAUCAAGUUCAAAGCCAGUGAAAGCUAAAACGACGAGAGCUGAAAGGCGUGCUUUGCAGGAGUCCCAACGAGCUGCAAAAGCUUCUGGAAAAGUCGAUGGAAACAAAUCUGCUGCUGUAUCUAAGGCAGCUGCUUCUGGUAAACCUGCGAAGCAGCCACCCCAGAGGAAAGAGGGUCCUCCAGCCGCAUCAUCAGUUGCAGCUUCUGAAAAUAAAGGAGUUGAUCGUCCACCUGAGAGGGAAAGAAAGAAGGAUGCGCCUCCCCCACGGAUGCAAUUUGAUGACAAGAAUCGAGUGGAGAAGGCUAAAAGGCGUGCAGUGGUGAAUCAAACAGAUGCGAGGAACCGAGUUGAAUUGUUUCGGCAUUUGCCGCAAUAUGAAUGGGGAACACAACUUCCUGACCUUGAGUCCAAAUUUUUCCAGCUUGACCCAAUGCAUCCAGCUGUUUACAAGGUUGGAUUACAAUAUUUGGCUGGAGAUAUAUCAGGGGGUAAUGCCCGUUGUAUUGCAAUGCUUCAGGCAUUUCAAGAAGCCAUUAGGGACUACUCCACACCAACUGAAAAGACUCUUGUUCGAGAUGUAACUGCAAAAAUAAGUAGUUAUGUUUCGUUUUUAAUUGAAUGCCAGCCGCUUUCUAUGAGCAUGGGGAAUGCAAUCAGGUUUCUAAAGAGCCGAAUUGCGAAGCUACCUUUAAACCUUUCUGAAUCAGAAGCGAAAGCCGUCCUUUGUUCUGAGAUUGAUCGCUUCAUCAAUGAGAAGAUAGUACUUGCUGACAAGGUCAUAGUUAGACACGCCGCUACAAAAAUAAGGGAUGGGGACGUGCUCCUGACCCAUGGGUCAUCUUGCGUCGUGGAAAUGAUUUUAUUAUACGCCCAUGAACUUGGGAAACAGUUCCGUGUUGUAAUAGUAGACUCGCAUCCAAAGCUUGAAGGCCAAGCGUUGCUUCGUAGGUUGGUUGCAAAGGGCAUGAGUUGUACCUAUACUCACAUUAAUGCUGUUUCCUAUAUUAUGCAUGAGGUGACCCGUGUUUUUCUGGGAGCGUCCUCUGUUUUGGCUAAUGGUACUGUAUAUUCAAGGAUCGGAACUUCAUGUGUUGCCAUGGUUGCUCAUGCAUUCCAUAUUCCAGUCUUGAUUUGCUGUGAAGCAUAUAAAUUUCAUGAAAGGGUACUGCUUGAUUCUAUUUGUUCAAAUGAGCUAGGUGACCCUGAUGCAAUUGCAAAGAUACAUGGGAGAACUGAUGUGAAUUACCUAGAUGAUUUGUCCAAUACGGAAAAUCUUCAACUUCUUAAUUUAUUGUAUGAUGCCACUCCUUCAGAUUAUAUAUCUAUGAUCAUCACGGAUUAUGGCAUGAUCCCACCUACAAGCGUGCCUGUGAUUGUCCGUGAAUAUAGCGGGGAGCAUCUGUGGAUGUAGAUAUGUACCAAUUUGCCUCUGUAUCCUUUUUUUCUGGUGAGGGAAUUCAAUCUUACAUGCCAGGAAGGAUUCGGUCAUGGGAGGACAAAGCAAAAAAAAGUUAACAUUUUUUUUUUGGCCUCACCUAGCAGUUUAGACGGUUUUGCGUUGCUUUCAUAGAAAUUUUAUAAUCGGGUAAUACAUUCCUUGCAUAUACUUGGCUUCUGGUGUGCAAGCAGCUUAUUGGAAUUUACUAUAAUUUUAUUUUAUAUUGUAACAAAAUGUUGACGUGAUUUAUGAUUUAUUCAUUCUAUUGCAUUGCCUUCAAAGUA